AUGUUGAGGUGGUUGAAGCUUAUCUGGAUCUGCAGCGCGGUCUCGGAGGAUCUGGCAGAUGAGGCGCCCGACCCCGUCCGGAAAGACUUGCAGGGCUUUUGCCCCUACCUGCACGAGCUGCCUGCAGCCUUUACCACCUUCUGGCGUCAGCUUCACGGGGCGGCCCUUCUUGUCGAGCAGCGUGUGCAACUGGAGGAAGCAUCUCCGGAGGGCACUGCCCGAGGGCUUUGCCUGCAGCUGGCCUUGUUUCGGCAAGUGGUCUCAGGAACAGCCGGUCUUCCUUUCCCGCAAGUGGCGAACAGCUGCCCAACUUUGAUUUCAAGCUACUUCGAAUGGGCGAGCGAGCUGGCAGUGCAGGCUGGCCAGCCGCGACGCGGGCGUGCGUUGUUGCAGCUUGGUGCGCCGAUCCGCACCAUGGCCCUCUCCCGAGCACUCUUCCGGCCGGAGGAGACGAGGGCAGCAAAGGAAGCUCAGAGUACACUUUCCACGAAGUAUGCUUCGAAGCUCCGUGAUUUACACAUGAAGUAUGGUCUGGAAGAGAAAGAGUGGCAAAUCGUCGACGCAGACCAUCAGAACUGGGUGGUUGUGCACUCCCUCUGUGACUCGAACUUUGCCGGGGGAAAUCUGGAAAACGUGACGUUUGGCAUAACCGAGCACAACCACAAGUCUUAUGCUGAGAGGUGGGGUUAUGAGUACACCAUGCAUACGCAAACUCCAUUGGCCGAAGAGGAGCCCCAGUUCGGAAAGCUUCAGAUUGCGAUCGAUGUGCUCAGAAGCGAGAGGCCUCCGGACUGGUUCUUGUGGCUGGACUGCGAUGCUUUGGUGACGAACCGCUCGAUCUCCGUGGAGUCCUUGCUCCGGACUUACCAGCUCUCCGACAAAGACUUCGUGGUGGCGGAGGAGGUCUCCGGCAUCAACUCCGGUGUGUUUCUGGUAAGAGGAGGCGCAGAAAGGCGAGGCCUCCGCUUUCUGGAGGAGGCUAUGCAAAGCGACUGGCGCUUCGUCUGGGACCAGACCAUGCUUCUGCAGCAGAUGGCCCGAGAGUCCGACCUCUUCGGUGCGACGAUGUGCUCUGACUUUUCUAGGGACUUCCGGUGGGCGCCUCACUUCGGCCUGGUGCCUCAGCAUGCCAUGAAUCUGUACGGGGAAGGCUCUGCAUUGCAGUGGGGCGCUUCUGCCUGGAAGUCGGGGGAUUUCAUCUUGCAUUUGGCCGGAUGCCCAUUGACAGAGUCCGAAUGCCAUGGAACCUUCGAGGAAAUUGCAGCUUGGGCGGAAGCACACAACUAG